AUGAUUGUGAGCAGUAAGAGAUGUUUCUUUUGUCUUAGAGCCAACCAUAACGCAAUCAAUUGUACAUGCCCGGAUAAGAAACGCUGUGUAGAUUGCCAACUUUAUCAUCAUCGAUUUGUAGCCUGCCCACCUUAUGGAAAUAAAGUACAGCCAAGGACUUUUUCUGGGUUGGAAAGUUCACGGGCGGGAGGUACUUCUACUUUGAACGCGAAUCUAACUCUGUCGGGAAGUGCUUCUGAGUGCAACAUUGGUCGUGCACGGGAGGUUGCUUCAGAUGCAGAUGCAACAUUCAACACAGUAGGGACCCUGAACUCAAGCCAGGAAGGAAAAAUUCAUCGACGCUACUCCCCUACAACGUAUGUAGAACUGCAAGAUGUUGAGAAAAAAUGGCAUCGCGUGGUUGCAUUUAUUGAUACAGGUGCAGAUACAACAUCGCUUAAGUUAUCCACAGCCAAGCAUUUUGGCUUGCAAGGUGAACCAUUCAAGUUUCGAUAUGGAGUAGCUGGAGGAGGCAUUGCUGAAGAAAGCAGUGCCAAGUUUUCUAUCCAAAUUAGACCAAUGAAUGGAAUUAAGUCAUACAAUGUAAUUGCAAUUGGAAUUGAGAAACCAGCCCAUAACAGUCCUGCAGUUGGAGGGGAUAUUUUUGAUGAGUAUCCUCAUCUGAACGCUGCCAAGGGAACGUUACCCACAGAUGAAGCAGAAAUUGAUAUCAUCAUUGGUUAUGACUAUUAUUUCCUUACAAUGCCAGUUGAGAGCGUAAAAGACUCUGUGUCUCCUGAAUCGUCUCCAGUUGCCAUCAGAAGUACCUUGGGGUGGACCGUUUUUGGAGGGAAUAUUCCAAAACCCAAACCACAUGCUGCAUCCAGGGUCCAGUUUUUGAGUCAUUUGGAGGAUUUGCAGAAAUUAUAUACAUCUGAUGUUGUUGGUGUCAAACCAACAACAUUGUGUGUUUGCUCAGAUAAGGAAAUAGCAGAGUCUCAGUUCAUAAAACAUUGUCGAAAUAAGCUUUGCAUUAAUGAGGAUGGUCGCAUGACUGUGGAAAUGCCUGGGAAGCCCGGUUUCCCUGAAGCAUUGGAGUGUAACAAGCCUCAAGCAGAAAUAAGACUUAUGAGCCAAGAAAAAAGAUUAAUUAAGAAUGGAACCUUUGAUGAAUAUAGCGAAGAAAUCCAGAAAUUAAUUGACAGUUGCUUUGUCAGAGAAUUAUAUCCAGAGGAAUCCAGAGAAGAGGGAUGGUACUUACAACAUCAUGCUGUAUAUCAGCUACACAAAUCAACAAAGGUUCGCAUCGUAUGGAAUUCUGCUGCCAAGUUCAAUGGCUUGUGUUUGAAUGAUGGAUUUUACAAAGGUCCAGAUUUCUUGAACUCUCUUCUGUAUUGCCUUCUUCACUGGAGAAUGAAAAGCAUAGGAAUUGCAGGCGAUGUUCAAAAAAUGUUUAAUCAAAUACUUAUGGCUGAAAAGGAUCAGAGAUAUCACCGGUUUGUAUGGCGUUUUGAUUUAUCUUCUCCAAUUCGUCACUGGCAGUGGCUGCGCCUUCCUUUUGGGGAUAAACCAGCACCAGACAUAGCUAUGAUGGCUGUACGCACUUUGGCAGAUACAUUCAAGGAGGAGGAACCUAUUGGAGCACAGUUAAUUAACUGUCGCAUGUACAUGGAUGAUGUGAUUGAAUCAUUUGAUAAGAGUGAAUUAGCUAUUGCGGCCAUGGAUCAGGUGGAUCGGAUAUUAGGAAAGGGCUCCUUCAGAAUAAAAGAAUAG